AGAGAAAUAUCUUUCUUCAUCUUAAAAAAAAGGUAGAUCAUGGAGGUGGAGCAAGAGAAGAGAAAACCCCGAAAGAUUUCAUCUUCUGCUCUUAUUAAUAAAUUUGAUGAUGGUUGCCUCAUGCAUAUUUUCAGCUUCUUAUCUCCCAUUCCAGAUCGGUAUAACACCGCCCUCGUUUGCCACAGAUGGUGUUAUUUGGCAUGCCAUCCUCGACUGUGGCUGCGAGUAGAUAGAUCCGUGAAGGAUUUUUCUGAACCUGGUGUCUUCCCUAACAUAGAAGAAGCUGUGUCUGUAGCCAGACCUGGUGACACUAUUUUAAUCACAGCUGGAGGCAGUCAUCUUGCCUCUAAUAUUCAGAUUGAAAAACCACUCUGCCUGAUCGGUGGAGGUGAGCUUCCUGAUGAAACAACUCUCGUCUGUUUGCGAGGUUCAGACAGUGCAUUGGAAUUUCUAUCAACCUGCAAGCUGGCGAACUUAACGGUAAAGGUGGAGCUAGGUUGCUGCUUGCUUCAUAGGAGCGGAAGGCUAAUUAUAGAUGAAUGCAUACUUCAGUGUGAGUCGAACCCGUUGGAUUAUCUAUCUUGCCCGAUUGUGAGUACGGCUGGUAGUGGGACAUUCCCGUCCAACUCAAAGAGCAGCGGGGAUUGCGUUUCUGUAUCUCACACUCGGAUUGAAGGAGGUGCAAAGGCUGUUUUGACCAGUGGAGAUCUGGCACUACAGCGAGUUCGGGUGAUUUAUGCUCGAACUUGUCUCUAUUUCUGGUUUGAUGUUGACUGUAAAUAACUGGAUUGGACUUCGAUUCUUUAUGUCUGUCAGACACAUUAUGCAGAUUAGGGAAUUCAAUUCAAUUCCUAAAUGUUGUUUGCUU